AUGAAAUUAUCUACCCAAUUAUUAUUAACUAGUGUUUCCUUAUCAACUGUUUUGGCAGCUGGCACCGAGAAAGCUUCUAUGCCUGCUGUUACUGCAGCAGGAGCUACCCAAACUAAAGGAGCUGAUUCAGAAGUUGCAACCACGGCUCCUGGGGGCGGCUUACCUGCAGCUGGUGUUGCUGCUGCCGCGCCAGGAGUUGGAUCAACAGCUGCCGCCAGUGCUCCAGGAGGCGAUUCAGCUGCCGCUUCGAAAGCUCCUAAUGGUGCUUCCGCUGCUGCUUCUAAAGCUACUGGGGGAGAUUCAACAUCAUCCAAAGCAGCUGGAGGAGCUUCUGCCGCGGCUUCUAAGGUUUCAGCGGAUUCUUCUGGAGCAGGUGGUUCUAAUACUUUAGAGACCGACUCCAAUCUACCAUCAGUUACACAGAAUGGAAAGUCGGAUGAGCCUUCUUUAAAGACAGCACUGCCUUCCGAAUUAUCAGGAGGAGAUUCACUUAUGUCCAUGGAAGGAGGUUCUGGAGGAUCUAGUUCAAAAUCUAGUUCAAAAUCUCUUGCUAAAAGCUCUGGAGGUGCCAUGAGUGGAGCAAGUUCCGACUCCCAAGGUGGUGCGGUUGGACUUGACACUGGACUUGUUGGUGCUGGUGGUUUGGCUGCAAUGGCUGGAAUUUUAUUAUUAUAG